ACCAGAAUACCACUCCAAAUGUGGCAAAGAGGGUCAUGCGUAAACUCUAAAUAGAAUGCAGAGCCAUGCAAGCUUGCCGUUUCCGGGCUCUCGCCAUUUGGGGUUUACCAGGUAACCCCAAAAGCCAAAGAGAACUCCUUCUCAGCGAGAUAAAACAGAGUUUCGUGUGUUGACAAGAAUCGGUUUGGUUUUCUGGCUUUGUAAGGGUUUUGAUCAGUUGGGUUUGAGGCUCUCGAGAAUGGGUAGAGGAAAGAUUGAGAUCAAGAGGAUCGAGAAUGCAAAUAGCAGGCAAGUCACAUUCUCAAAGAGACGUGUUGGCCUGCUCAAAAAGGCUCAGGAACUCGCUGUUCUCUGUGAUGCCGAGGUUGCCGUUAUUAUCUUCUCCAACACUGGAAAGCUCUUUGAGUUUUCUAGUUCUGGUAUGAAGGGAACACUUUCAAGGUACAACAAGUGUCUAGAUUCUCCCGAGGCUGCAUUAGUAGAAUACAAAGCAGAGAAGCAAGAUUCAAAGGAGGUAGAUGUUCUCAAAGAUGAAAUCGCAAAGCUACACAUGAAACACUUACGGCUGUUGGGUAAGGACCUGACUGGCUUGGGCUUAAAAGAAUUGCAGCAGCUUGAACAGAAAUUAAGUGAAGGGUUAUUGUCUGUGAAGGAGAGGAAGGAACAAUUACUGAUGGAGCAGCUGGAGCAAUCAAGGAUGCAGGAGCAGCAGAUUCUGCUGGAGAAUGAAACUUUGCGCAGACAGGUUGAGGAGCUUCGAGGUUUCUUUCCACCGGCUGACCACCCUGUCCCAUCUUAUCGUGAUUAUUAUCCUGUAAAAAUGCAAAAUAUCCUCGCAGAUCGUGGCGUUGGGAGUCCUGAUGUGCGCUACAAUUACCAAAUGCAGAAAGAAGAUUCAGACAUUACCUUGCACUUGGGGUUGCCAAUUGAUGUUUAUAGCAAGAUGAAGGAACCGGAGACGGGGAUCCUUUCCAAUGAUUCAGGGAGUCAAAUGGCCAUUUUCUGAUCUCAUUAUUCCUGGGCAACUGCUCAUUUCCUUUUGAUUGCAACAUAACAGACAGAGCUGACUUCAUAGAGUUGUCUAGUUUAGCAGUUUUUGUUAUUACACCUUUCCAUGCCAUGUAAAAGGGAAAACAAAGAGAUUGCUAGGAUGGAUGAUACAAGAUGGUCCCUUGUAGGAGGUUUGGCUGAUGGGGAUGCAAAAAUUGUAGCUAUUGCAAAAUAUAGUAGCAUUCUGUUUUAGUUUGUCGGAA